AUGGCAAGAAUGCAAGCACUUUGUCUGUUCUUGUUGCUCUGGGCAUCAAUUGGAGACGCAGAAUACUUCAAAUACCAAGAUCCAGAACAGCGAUUAGCCAUUCGUAUCAAAGAUUUGCUCGAAAGAAUGACUCUUGAAGAAAAGAUUGGCCAAAUGACCCAAAUUGAAAGGAAGGUUGCAACUCCUCAAAUCUUGAAAGAUUACUUCAUAGGUAGUGUACUGAGUGGUGGGGGAAGUGUGCCUCAGCCCCAGGCCGCACCAGAAGUUUGGGUGAAUAUGGUCAAUGAGUUUCAGAGAGGAAGCCUUUCUACACGUCUGAAAAUACCAAUGAUUUAUGGAAUUGAUGCAGUUCAUGGCAACAACAAUGUAUUUAAUGCAACAAUAUUCCCUCACAAUGUGGGACUGGGAGCUACAAGGGAUCCUGAACUUGUGAAGAAAAUUGGAAAAGCAACGGCAUUGGAAGUAAGGGCAACAGGCAUCCAUUAUGCCUUCGCUCCAUGUAUUGCGGUCUGCAGGGAUCCAAGGUGGGGACGGUGCUAUGAAAGCUACAGCGAGGACCCCAAAAUUGUUCAAGAAAUGACAGAAAUUAUUCCUGGACUACAAGGAGAUAUUCCAGCAAAUGGUGUCAAGGGUGUUCCCUAUGUUGCAGGACGAAAAAAAGUUGCAGCCUGCGCAAAGCACUAUGUUGGCGACGGUGGGACGCAGAAAGGAAUUAAUGAGAACGACACUAUCAUCAGCCGACAGGACUUACUUCGCAUCCAUAUGCCGGCGUACUACAACUCCAUCAUUAAGGGUGUCUCCACCAUCAUGGUUUCUUACUCAAGCUGGAAUGGGAUAAAAAUGCAUGCUAACCGUGAACUCAUUACUGACUUCCUUAAGAACGAACUAAAAUUCAGGGGUUUUGUGAUAUCAGAUUGGGAAGGAAUUGAUAGGAUCACCACCCCACCCAAGGCCAAUUACACAUACUCCGUAGAAACAUCGAUAAAUGCCGGUAUUGACAUGGUGAUGGUUCCUAAUGAUUAUGAAAGCUUCAUUGGCAAUCUGACCUAUCUUGUCAACAAGAACGUCAUUUCCAUGAACAGAAUAGACGAUGCUGUUACGAGGAUUUUGCGGGUCAAGUUUUCUAUGGGUCUCUUUGAAAAUCCCUAUGGAGAUCUUAACCUUUAUGAUCAACUUGGAAAAAAGCAGAAACACAGAAAAUUGGCAAGAAAAGCUGUUAGAGAAUCACUUGUGCUUCUAAAAAAUGGAAAAUCUCCUCAAGAAACAAUUAUUCCUCUUGCGAAAAAAGCUUCAAGGAUCCUUGUUGCUGGGAUUCACGCUGAUAACAUAGGGCUUCAGUGUGGAGGGUGGACAAUUGACUGGCAAGGACAGAGUGGAAAUAUAACUGGUGGAACUACAAUACUAAAGGCAAUUAAAUCAACUGUUGACCCUGAUACUUUAGUCAUCCACUCUCAGUUUCCAAGUGUUAGCUUUGUCAUAGAGAAUGACUUCGCCUAUGCAAUAGUGGUGGUGGGAGAAUCUCCCUAUGCCGAAACAAACGGCGACAACCUCAAUCUAACACUUCCGGCUCCUGGUCCUAGCAUCAUUAAGAAUGUUUGUGAGAAUGUCAAGUGUGUAGUUAUCAUCAUCUCUGGCAGGCCUUUGGUGAUCGAGCCAUAUGUCCCAAUGAUUGAUGCACUUGUUGCCGCUUGGCUGCCUGGCUCGGAAGGCAAAGGUGUUUCAGAUGUGCUCUUCGGCGAUUAUGGAUUCACCGGAAAGCUCCCAAGAACCUGGUUUAAGUCUGUAGAUCAGCUCCCUAUGAACGUUGGCGAUGAACACUAUGAUCCAUUGUUCCCCUUUGGUUUUGGCCUGACUACAGAAUCAACUACGACCUAAUAUAUAUAGAUCGUUACAAGUUUCUAUUUUACCUAGCAUAUUUACACGAUUCCACCUACGAAGUAGGAUGUGAUUUUUUUUAUUAUUUUCUCCAAAGUCGCAUGUUAUUUUAUCAUAUGUUCAACUGAAAAUAACAUGUUCAUUUUUUGCUGCUUUCUUCUAAUACCUGAAAUAAUAAUCUUACUAUACAUUAUGCAAAAUGAGAUCUUACUAGCACUUUAUGUGCGUCUAACAUUGCAAAUGCUAUUCUAAUCAAUGCCCAUUAGAUACAAUGAAUCAGUAGGGAUAAAUAUUCUCCGGAAUAAGACAAUAAAUCUCUGCCACUAUGCUGUGAAAAAAGCGGUAACAUUUUCAAUGAUGGCUUAAAGAGUAGAUACUAACUUAGGAUAUGUUCCAAAAGUCUAAAUUAAGAGUUGCUGUACAGAUAUACAUAUAGCAAAAGGGAAGAGAACAGAACUUUAAUUUAAAAAAAAAAA